UGUGUGCAAUAAAAUAAAAUAGUUUUUUUUUUAGUUCUGACUAAUCAAAUUUCAGUGGGCCCCUUGUAACAUCUUUUCUCUGAAAAAUUCAUUACAUAUUUGGGUUCAUAUAAUAAGGCCAUGUCACCUCUUUUCACUUUUCUAUUUACAUUUAUGUUCAAGCAAGUUCUUGGUCUUGGUCUUUGGUCUCUGCUCGUCGCAACUCUGAAUCCCCGAAAGCCCUUGCAGCAAAUCUGAGUUAUAAAAGUCCUGAUCUUGAUGGCCCCUUCGGUUAAUAACGGAGAACCUGCCAUGGACGCAAAUGACUGGAGAACUCAUUUGCCAUUUGAUUCACGACAGAAGAUCGUCAACAAAAUAAUGGCUACACUAAUGAAGCACCUUCCAUAUUCUGGACCAGAAGGAAUCAACGAGCUCAAGAGAAUAGCUGUAAGGUUCGAGGAGAAAGUUUUCAGCAGUUCUGUUCACCAGAAUGACUACCUUCGGAAAAUAUCUAUGAAGAUGUUGACUAUGGAGACUAAAUCGCAAAAUGUAGCCGGCUCCGCUUCUUCUAUCCCUGCUGAUAGUAGCAACCUAGCCUUCGAUGAACUUAACAAUCUCAUGAUCAAUAAUGGCAAUGUAGAGCCUUUUCUCCUGAACGAAGAACCUGCCAUUAACUCAGUUGACUGGAGAACUCAACUGCCACCGGGUUCACGACAGAACAUCGUCAACAAGAUAAUGGAUACACUAAAGAAGCACUUUCCGUAUUCUGGACCAGAAGGGAUUAACGAGCUCAAGAGAAUUGCUGCCAGGUUCGAGGAGAAAAUUUUCAGCAGUGCUGUUCACCAGACUGAUUACCUCCGGAAAAUAUCGAUGAAGAUCCUGACUAUGGAGACUAAAGCUCAAAAUGCAGCUGGUUUCGAUUCUUCUAUCCUUGCUGAUAGUAACAACCUAACCUUGGAUGAAAUUAUGAAUCAUUUGAUCAAGGACAAUGCAGAGCCUUCUCUCCUGAACGUGGAACCUGCCAUAAACUCAGGUCAUUGGAGAAUUCAACUGCCACCUGAUUCACGCCAGAAGAAUAUCGACAAGCUAAUGGAAACACUGAAGAAACAUGUUUCGUAUUCAGGGCAAGAAGGAAUUGAGGAGCUCAGGAGAAUCGCUAUCAGCUUCGAGGAGUUAAUAUUCAACACUGCUUUAAACCAGGUGGAUUACUUUCGCAAAAUAUCCUUAAAGAUGCAGACUAUGGAAAAGGACGACUAAGUAAAAUUGCGUUGAAGGGGGAGCGUUUGGAACUUUCAGGCGAUUCCACAUAUGUAUUGAUGAUAAUGUUAAGAAGUAGAGCUUAAAAGCCUCCAAAGUUAAAGGCAUGAAUAAAAGUUUUUAUAAUCGGUAACAUAUUUCUUGCGGAGGAAGCCUCGCCUUGCUCUCUCUCAUGUUAAGUCAGGCUUGUAGUCCUCCUCUUCGGUAUUUAUUGAAUGUGUGCAACUAUACAAUGAAACCUUGCAACCAUUAAUGAUUGCAAUCUUUGCUAAUUAACCAUA